UCCAUCUCAAAACCUAUCUCCCAUACAUAUUCUCUCUUUAUACGUGGAUGCUUCUCUCUAUAUCAUACGCCUUUUCUUCCAUUGUUUGGUUUGUUUGCUUGUUCAUACGCCAUUUCUCCCAUUCCAUUUGUUUCAUUUUGUUGAUUGUUACAUUUCUUGAAUUCCAUCUCAUUUCCCGUUUGGAAGUUUUGAUUUUGGCGGCAUCUGUUUCUAAUGAAUUGUAAAUAUGACGGGAGGAGGAGAAGAAGGUGCGAGACAGCUCGAUCAAACGCCAACCUGGGCAGUUGCUCUGGUUUGCAGUGUAAUAGUCAUCAUCUCGAUAGGGUUAGAGGAAGUUCUUCAUCUGAUUGGGGAGUGGUUUGAAGAAAGGAAAAAGAAAGCUAUGCUUGAAGCACUGGAGAAGAUUAAAGCUGAGCUUAUGAUUCUAGGGUUCAUUUCCCUUCUGUUGACAUUUGGGCAAAAAUACAUUUCAAGAAUCUGUAUUCCUUACAUAGCAGCCGAUACAAUGUUGCCGUGCAACAUUAAACAGUCUCCCCACCAACGUGGAACCCAUCAUGUUUUUCCGUUUAAGAACGAGCCACAACACAACCCUAGAAGGCUAUUGUUGUAUGAUCAUAGACUUUUAUCAAGUGGAAGCCCUCCAAAUGGCUGUAAGGCGGGACAUGUUCCUAUGAUAUCUAUUGAGGCUUUACAUCAACUGCAUAUCUUCAUAUUCUUCUUGGCUAUUUUUCAUGUUAUAUAUAGUGCUAUAACAAUGACUCUUGGAAGAAUGAAGAUUCGCUUGUGGAAGGAAUGGGAACACGAAACUCAAAAGGAGAAUGAAGCUAAUGAUCCUAAGAAUUUCCGGCUUACUCAUGAAACUUCGUUUGUCAAAGGCCACACAAACUUCAUGACCCAAACACCUUUCCUCUUUUAUGUUGCAUGUUUCUGUCGGCAAUUCUUUAGGUCAGUUACUAAAGCUGACUACCUGUCCUUGCGCGAGGGAUUCAUAUCUGUUCAUUUAGCACCUGGAAGUAAGUUUAACUUCCAAAAGUAUAUUAAAAGAUCGCUAGAAGACGAUUUCAAAGUAGUUGUCGGAAUCAGUCCACUGUUAUGGACUUCUGCAGUACUAUUCUUUCUAUUCAAUGUUGAUGGAUGGCAGGGUAUGUUUUGGUUGUCCAUGAUGCCUUUAAUUGUUACCUUAUCCCUUGGAACAAAACUACAAGCAAUCAUAGCUAAGAUGGCCAUAGAAAUACAAGAAAAACACGCCGUCGUUCAGGGAAUACCACUUGUACAGGUCUCCGAUAGGCAUUUUUGGUUUGAUCGUCCCAAACUAAUCCUAAAUCUCAUACAUCUUACCUUGUUUCAGAGUGCAUUUGAGAUUACCUACUUCUUAUGGAUUUGGUAUGAAUUCGGGCUGAGAUCUUGUUUCCACAAGAACUUACCGCUUGUUCUAGCAAGAGUUUUUCUUGGGGUAGGAGUUCAAAUUUUGUGCAGCUACAUUACUCUUCCACUAUAUGCUCUCGUAACUCAGAUGGGAUCAACCAUGAAGAUUUCAAUCUUCGAUGAACAAACCUCCAAGGCACUCAUGAAUUGGCACAAAAACGCGAUGAAGAAAAAGAACAGUCGAAAAAGUGAUUCAACCAAACAAUAGGAAUAUAUAUAUAUUUAUAUAUGUAAUGUAUAUACAGCUAUUGCCCUGCCCCCAAUAGUUUAGCAAAA